AUUAGAGUGGAAGAUUUAAAAAAUAAAAUGUUUUGUAGAACGGUUUGCAGUCUGCAACAGUGGUCGACUUCGUUUUGCAUGGCCCGGUGUCCCAUGUGAGCGGAGUUUUAGUAUUUUAGACCAUUCAAUUUAUUCUUAAGCGAAAUCUCCACCCACCUUGGCCACCGGGCCAUGCAAAACGAACACCACCAAUGUUACGAAAAGAGGGGAAUUGUAUCAAUGACUUUUUGUGCUACAUUGUUACAAAUAUUUGCCUGCCGGGUAAACGACUAUUAUGCCAGGUUGACCCACUGAGACCUAUUUAUUAGGCUAUGUGUGUUUUAUUGUGCUUCUAACAAACCACCGCGAAUCGUUUUAACAGGAUGUGGGCUUGUCCUAAACGAAUGUCCCGUCAUUCACCGCGGUCAUAAUUUUUACUAACGCUCAUUAUACACAAAUACUUACACAUCAGCGAAGUGCGAGAUCUGACGGGAGAGCAGCUACGAUGGCUCCACGUAUGGAUGAUGUCAUGCAACUGUGCUGUGACCUGUCUGCAAAUCAGCAGAUAAAAGCAGCAGUGAAGAAUUCUGGGAAAGGAUCAGCAGUGGCAGGAGGGACUGCAUUUUUAGGGGGUCUUCUAGGUGGUCCCCCAGGGAUUGCUGUUGGUGGAGCAGUAGGUGGCCUGUUGGGAUGGUGGAUGACCAGUGGACAGUUCAGACCUCUCCCUCAGAUCAUCAUGGAGCUGCCUCCCCACCAGCAGCAGAGGCUCUAUGCUGAUAUCAUGGCCGUUUUGGGCUCACUGAACUGGACAGACCUGGCCCAGCUGACCGCCCUGGUCAUGGGGAAUGCUACUCUCCAGCAGCAGGUCACUGCUGCCCUACUCAGUUAUAUCACAAAGGAACUGAGAGCAGAGGUGAGAUAUGGGGACUGAUCUACACAGACUGAAUAUCUGGAGGAUCUCCUUAGAACACACAUAUGCUGUCUUGGAAAGGAAAACUACUUUUGGUACUCAACAAAUUCAACUCAAGCUUAAUUUUGGAGACUGAAAUAACCUUUUAUACUGCAGGUUCACUGGAAGAGACCUUAUGAGAGUUAAUACAUUGAGACUCAUGUCAGACCUGUCAUGUUACCUAAUAUCAUCUGAUCAUGUCCAUUUAAUGUCCUUUGAUAAAGCAUUUAAAGGGCAAUUCCACCACUUUUUACCUUCAUUUUCAUCCAGUACAAUACCAGUGUCUACAAAUGUGAAAAACAGUGAAUUUAUUAAAUAAUAAAAUCACUGUUUUGUUACCUUUAAUCCUACCCUGUGAUGUCAAAGAGAAACAUUUUUUAGUACCUUGUCUUUUUGACCACAGAUCAUAGAAACGUGUUUUCACAUACUGUAUGUAGACACUGGUAUGGUGCUGGAGAUAAUUAAUAUGAUGUUGAAAGGUGGCAGAAUUGCCCUUUAAUGUACACAUUUGUUUUAAAUGAGAAAUGAUCACCUCUGAAUGUAGCGGUAUGAUUGAAACUUCUCUUAUAAGAACAGUACAGCGAUUAACCAAAGGGUGUACUUUAUUUGUUUUGUAGUGCAUAAUUUGUUACCAAUAUUCUGCACUGAAAUGUACACAUUGAAUAUUGUUGGGCAUUUAUCAUUUACAUUAUUUGCAACAAAUGCAAGACAAUGAAAAAAGGACCCUGAUCACUCCUCUUGUAAGUGUGCCUGGGAUCUCAAGCGAUUCAUGCAAUGUGAAUAUUGUAAGAGAUGAGUACUUCUGAGAAACCAGCCUUGAUACUCCUGCUGCAUAAUGGUGAUAAGUCCCACCUAGUCCUAGAAUUAACUAAUUGGGAAAAUAUUGGAGACUUUUUGUAAUGCUCUGUAUUAAACUGUUUCUAUGAAAAUCAUGAUAAAUGAAAUAAAGGAUGAAGGUGA